AUGGGCAUGGGCAAGCACAUCUGGGAGCUGGACUACGUCACAUUUAGCGAAACAAUGAAGAUCAUGAUGCUGGGCGGCGCCUUCACCUACAGCUUCACCACCAUGUUCAUCAAGCUGUCCAUCUUGAGCUUCUUCCUGCGCUUCUCAAUGGACAGAGCCUUUCGCUUGGCCGUUUACGUCGUCAUGUUUAUCUCGGUGGGCUACAGCGUACCGCAGAUAUUUCUCUUUCUCUACGUCUGCACGCCCAUCGGAUCGUACUGGGACUGGAGCAUCCCCGGAACAUGCAUCAAUCAACAAGCCAUCUUCGACGCGGGCAACAUCUUGAACAUGGUAACCGACUUUAUGAUCCUGCUGUUGCCCAUCUGGCUGCUUCGCCCAAUGCGCGCCCCGUUGAUCAAAAAGCUCGGUGUCUUGCUGAUUCUCAUGGCUGGAGGCUUCGUCUGCGGCGUGAGCUUGAUGCGCAUGGUCACGGCCAUGACGGGCGCCAACAACCCGGACAUCACCUGGCACUAUCCGAUCAACCUGAUCUGGUGCCUCGUCGAAGAAUACGUCGGCAUCAUCUGCGCCUGCCUGCCCUGCCUGAAAGCCUUCUCCAAGCGCUUCUACCCCAACCUCUUCCUGUUCGCGCCCGACCUCGACAAGCGCGUCGCCGCCUCCUUCCCCUUCUCCUCCUCGUUCCACGCCGAGACCCUCGCCGACGACAGCGACGGCAACAGCGGCAGCAGGGCGACCCGCGACGGGGGGAGGAAGGCCUGGUGGUCGCUGCGGAGGGCUGGGCUGGGGACUUCGUCGGCGGUGAGUCGGGAGGAGGAUACAGGUACACGCGGGGGUGGGAAGGGGGAGGUGGAUGCGGACGGGAGUGGUGGGGAGGAUGUGGAGGCGGCGAGGGGGGUGGCGGAUGAGAAGGCUGUUGGGGGGGUGGCGGCGGUGGUGGAGAGGGGGGGUUGA